CUCAUUGGCAGUAGAACAUGUGCUCCGAAUGAAAACAGAUCAAGUACGUGAAUACUGCUGCUUUCGCGCAUUUCUUUUGUUCUUCAACUAAUAUUAAAAAAAUUAACGUUCAAGUGGGAAGUGUAAAAAGAGAUGUACAUUCUAAAGUAUUCGCUGAAUUGAAUAUUGUUUUUUACAAUAAACUGCUCAAGCGUUGAAAACUAUCUAAAGAAUAUGAAUGUUUUUCAUAUGAAUUUAUAUAUCAAUAAAUCGGGAAAAAUAAUUUAAAACACAAAUUAAACGAAGAAACGAAGUUGAAUUAUCAUGAUUUUGGUUCGAUGCUGCAUUUAACAAGGAUAUGGAACUUCCGAUUUUAUUCUCUUUAAACGUUGUACUAUUCAAUUGACGAUUCGACACUUCAUAUGUUUUAAGAUUUAACGCAAACGAAGACAUAUAUGCUUGUGAUACGAAAAAAUGUGGGUGCGAGAGUAAAAAAAGAAACAAGUUUACAGUUGUAAAAGAUAUGAGGAAUAAAAAACGAAAGCUGUGCAUGGAUAUAAAAUGGUUGGUAAAAAAAUUGAAUUCAAGUGAUUUCAAAUUUGAUGGGAAAGAUAACAUAUUGAUGAAAUUGAGAAUUGGACUUGUGAAUAAACUUGAAAAGUGCACGUAAGUGACGUGGUUUUUUUAUACAAACAAAAAGGGAGAACGUGAAAUUAAAUGAAUCAUGUCGUCAGUGCCAAAUGAAGGAGUUCUGAAGAAUGAGGUCAUCAGUAACGAUUUACCGUUGACAUUCAAGGUGAAAUAUCUGGGAAUGGAGUACGCAAGAGGUCUUUGGGGAAUUAAACAUACGCGCAGGCCAGUAGAUCAUUUAGUGACUAUGGCAAAAACAUCACGAACCGCAAGUCAAACUCUACCUCUUUGUAACUUAACAAUAUCUCUGGAUGGCGUAUUUAUCGAAGCUACAGUUUUACCGCAGUCGAAUACAAUAAAAGAGUGGAACUAUUCAAUUGACUCAAUUUCGUAUGGUGUUCAGGACCUGGUGUAUACACGUGUAUUCGCGAUGAUAGUUGUAAAAGAUAAUUUUAACAUUCAGGAUCCAAAUCCAUUUGAAGUACAUGCAUUUGUCUGCGACAGCCGAGCAUUGGCUCGUCGAUUAACAUACGCAUUGGCCGCUUCAUUUCAAGAUUAUUCAAAACGCGUCAAAGAAAUUGAACAACAGAUUACCCCACAACAGAUGACAACAGCCAAAAAAAAAUUUGCAAUCGAUUUGCGUACACCAGAAGAAAUGCAGCAAGACCAGGAAACCGAAGCGUAAUGAUCCUCUACUUCCUAUCUCUUUUAAAAAUUAAAAUAAGAAGACAAAAAAUCUAUAAAAAGCACUUUCUUAUUGCACUUGUAAAAAAUGAAAAUUUAGUCACAAAACAAUUGUGUAAUAUAUACGAGAUUUUACAAUAUACAAAUAAUUUAGCUUAA